AAGAAGUGGAACGUACGCGAUAAGAUAUUCCUGGAUUUAAACGAACCGCCCAUGUCUUCCAGAUAUAAGUGAAGAUUUGACAAAACAACUUCUUAGUCGAGUGUCAUCUUUGUAGACGCGAACGCCUCGCUUGUUGACCAUGAAAUCGUUCGUCUACUCGCUUUGUUUCCUCGCUGUGUUCGCGGUAUCUUCAGUGAUUUCCGUGAACAACCUUCGCGAAGAAUUCACCUGGACCAGGAUAGAUUACGAUUGGGGAAACAACAGGAGGAGCCGGGAUGUCGAAAUCGAGGACAGAUAUGGAUACAGUUCUAGUCAGGGGACGAGAAGACCACAGACGCAGCAAGAGCAAGAAGAAGUUUAUUUCCCGGACUCGUCUGCGAGUUAUAAUUCAGGGUUUAGGCCAAGCGGUACGAAUGGAAGGAAGCCUACCCUGAAACCUUACAAGCACCAGAAUAAUGGUCAAGGUGGGAAUCGUGGACAAAGUGAGGGUUCUUCUGGAAUCCAGUCGGGCAGUCAAUCUAGGGAAAAUUACAUAUAUCAAAACAAUAUACCGAUGGGAGCAGCAGUCUGGAAAAACAAAUUGUUCAUCACAGUACCAAGGAGACGACAUGGAGUACCAUCCAGUUUGAACUAUGUGAACUUGGACUCCCCGAACAAACACAAUACUCCCUUGAUCCCCUAUCCUAAUUGGGAGAUGAACGCUCUUCCAAGCAACUACAACUCGUCCAGCUUUGACAGUGCGUCUCUCAGUUCUUCCGACAGAACUCAUUUUGUGUCUGUAUACCGAGUAGCAGUAGAUUCAUGCGAUAGAUUAUGGUUUGUGGACACAGGAAGAAUGGAAAUUCCAAAUGCACCAAUUCAAGUACAGUCGCCAAAACUGGUAGUCAUGGAUCUCAACAGAGACAGGUUCGUAAGAGAGUACUACUUCCCAGAGAGUGACCUCAGGCCAGCAACUUUGUUUGCUCAUGUGGUUGUCGAAACUGAACCAAAUGACUGCAGCAACGCAUAUGCCUAUAUUCCUGACGUGGGUGGAUAUGGCCUUGUCGUCUACAGUUUGAGAGAAAACAGGUCAUGGAGAGUGACCCAUAACUACUUUUAUCUGGAACCUUUAAGGGGAGAAUUCCAAAUCGCUGGUCACACCUUCCAAUGGAACGAUGGUAUCUUCAGCACAGCCUUGAGUCCAUCGAACAAUGGUCGUAGAGAUCUUUAUUUCCACUCUAUGGCUGGCAGUAAUUUAUACAGGGUUCCCACUGAGAUUUUGAAGAAUGAGACUGCUGCUACUAGGUCCUAUCAUGGCCAAGAUUUCGAAAAUAUCGGAGAUCGUGGUGAAGGUAGCCAAACCUCAGCAUCAGCCUUAGACGAAAAAACCUCAGUUCUCUUCCUUGGUCUGGUGAACCAGAACGCGUUGGCUUGCUGGAACAUCAACAGUCCACUCAGUGAUAUCUCAGUCGUUCAGAAAGACGACAGAAAAAUGAUAUACCCCUGCGAUCUGAAGGUCUACAACGACAACAUCUACCUCCUUACGAACACCAUGCCCGGGUUCUUGUAUGGUCAAUUGGACUACGACAUCGUGAAUUUCAGAAUUUGGGUUCAAAAUGUUGAGCAAGCAAUUCAAGGAACGCGUUGUGCUUCUGGAUCUGGCAACUCCUAUGGAGGUUCUCAAGGUUCUAGAGGAGGUUCCCAAGGUUCUAAAGGUGGUUCCAAGGGAAAUCAGUAUGGAUCUACAAGCGGAUAUUAUUCUGACAGUGGAAGUUAUAAUUCCAGAGGCAGUUAUAUGGGAUGAAUGUGUUUUUUAUUAACUUAAGGAUUUGCCAUAUUAUUAAAGGAUGAUUGAUUUUUUC